AUGGCGGCGCAGUGCUGCUGCCGCAAGGCACCCGGCGCCGAGGCCGCGCCCGCCCGCCCGCCGCCCGAGCCGCCGCCCGCCCUGGACGUGGCCUCGGCCUCCAGCGCGCAGCUCUUCCGCCUCCGCCACCUGCAGCUGGGCCUGGAGCUGCGGCCCGAGGCGCGCGAGCUGGCCGGCUGCCUGGUGCUCGAGCUGUGCGCGCGGCGGCCCGCGCCCCGCGCGCUCGUGCUCGACGCGCACCCGGCCCUGCGCCUGCACUCGGCCGCCUUCCGCCGCGCCCCCGCCGCCGCCGCCGCCGCCGCCGCCGCCGCCGAGCCGCCCUGCGCCUUCGCCUUCGCCGCCCCCGGGCCGGGACCCGCACCGCCGCCGCCGCUGCCCGCCUUCUGCGAGGCGCCCGGCGCGGAGCCCGCCUGCUGCCCGCUGGCCUUCAGGGUGGACCCGUUCACCGACUAUGGCUCCUCGCUCACCGUCACGCUGCCCCCUGAGCUGCAGGAGCACCAGCCCUUCCAGGUCAUCCUGCGCUACACCUCGACCGACGCCCCCGCCAUCUGGUGGCUGGACCCAGAGCUGACGUACGGCAGCGCCAAGCCCUUCGUGUUCACCCAGGGCCACUCCGUCUGCAACCGCUCCUUCUUUCCGUGCUUUGACACGCCCGCGGUCAAGUGCACCUACUCGGCUGUGGUCAAGGCCCCGUCGGGGGUGCAGGUCCUGAUGAGCGCCACACAGAGCACCUACGUGGAGGAGGAGGGCGUCUACCGCUUCCACAUGGAGCACCCCGUGCCCGCCUACCUCGUGGCCCUCGUGGCCGGGGACCUCCAGCCCGCAGACAUCGGGCCCAGGAGCCGCGUGUGGGCCGAGCCGUGUCUCCUGCCCACGGCCACCAGCAAGCUGUCGGGCGCGGUGGAGCAGUGGCUGAGCGCGGCCGAGCGGCUCUACGGGCCCUACCUGUGGGGCAGGUAUGACAUCGUCUUCCUGCCCCCGUCCUUCCCCAUCGUGGCCAUGGAGAACCCCUGCCUCACCUUCAUCAUCUCCUCCAUCCUGGAGAGCGACGAGUUCCUAGUCAUCGACGUCAUCCACGAGGUGGCCCACAGCUGGUUUGGGAACGCCGUCACCAACGCCACAUGGGAGGAGAUGUGGCUGAGCGAGGGCCUGGCCACCUACGCCCAGCGGCGCAUCACCACCGAGACUCACGGUGCGGCCUUCACCUGUCUGGAGACAGCCUUCCGCCUGGACGCCCUGCACAGGCAGAUGAAGCUUCUUGGAGAAGACAGCCCAGUCAGCAAGCUGCAGGUCAAGCUGGAGCCAGGUGUGAACCCCAGCCACCUGAUGAACCUGUUCACCUACGAGAAGGGCUACUGCUUCGUGUACUACCUGUCCCAGCUCUGUGGGGACCCCCAGCGCUUUGACGACUUCCUCCGAGCCUACGUGGAGAAGUACAAAUUCACCAGCGUGGUGGCCCAGGACCUGCUGGAUUCCUUCCUGACCUUCUUUCCAGAGCUGAAGGAGCAGAGCGUGGACUGCCGGGCAGGGCUGGAGUUCGAGCGCUGGCUGAAUGCCACGGGCCCCCCGCUGGCCGAGCCAGACCUGUCUCAGGGAUCCAGCCUGACGCGGCCCGUGGAAGCCCUUUUCCAGCUGUGGACUGCCGAGCCCCUGGACCAGGCGGCCGCCUCCGCCAGCGCCAUCGACAUUUCCAAGUGGAGGACCUUCCAGACGGCGCUCUUCCUGGACCGGCUGCUGGAUGGGUCCCCACUGCCCCAGGAGGUGGUGAUGAGCCUGUCCAAGUGUUACUCGUCCCUGCUGGACUCCAUGAACGCCGAGAUCCGCAUCCGCUGGCUGCAGAUCGUGGUCCGCAACGACUACUACCCCGACCUCCACAGGGUCCGGCGCUUCCUGGAGAGCCAGAUGUCGCGCAUGUACACCAUCCCACUGUACGAGGACCUGUGCACCGGCGCCCUCAAGUCCUUCGCUCUGGAGGUCUUCUACCAGACGCAGGGCCGGCUGCACCCCAACCUGCGGAGGACCAUCCAGCAGAUCCUGUCACAGGGCCUGGGCCCCGGCGCAGAGCCAGGCGGGGCCGUGGCGGACUCGGAGCCGGGCCUGCUGCUCGGGGACGAGGCCCCGGGCAGCGCCAUCUCUCUCAGGGACGUCAACGUGUCUGCCUAGCGCUCGCCUCCCAGACACCACGAUUGUGCCUUCUGGGCCCCAGGCCUGGCUGAAGGGGCUCUGCCGGGGCCCCUCCAGGGCCGACCGAGGCCUGUGGACCUGCCCCCCCACACCCCAAGCGCUCUUGCACUGCGGGCCCUCCUGUCUCAACACUGACUGCCAGGCACUGCCCUGGGUCAACGGCAACCGCCACACUGUGCCUUCUGCCUGCCAGGAGGGCCUGGGCUGCCACGCCCACCCCGCACGCCUGCCUCCUUGGAGCCCUGGACCCCCGCCCCCCCGCCCCCAGGCCGGCAGCCUCCCUCAGUCCCUGCCCGAGGGACGAGGACGCAGACAUGCCCACGCCCUCCCCGUGGGGGACGGGGCGCCGCAGAGACGGUGGAUGUCCCUGGGGAGGGGGGCCCCGGAAAGCCUUAGCUCCUCAGGGAACUCAGGGCCCCAGGCCCCGGGGCCAGUGCAGCAAUAACGCGCAGGAAGGCGGGCGGCACUGGUGCUCUUUCUAGGCCCACCCUGCUGGAAGAGGCCCGGGGAGCCCCGGGGUUUGAGCUGGGCCCCCGGGGGGACCUCCGCUCGGGGUCACCACGAUUGUCCCAUUAAACCUCCACUCUGCAGACUGCC